GUCCAUAGCUGUUUAUCCGAGACAUUGAACAAUUUAAGCGAUCAACUCGUUCUAUACGCCAUACGGUGACUUUUGGGGCUAUCGAAGAAGAGACCUCUGAGAUCCUGACAGUUCAUGUAACUUUGCAUCUUUUUUACCCGCUGGCUCGAUAAACGGUAUCAACUUGGACUAAAGACUUACAUUCAGAACUCUCAAGAAAACAGGGACAAGGAUUUGGAACCCAAAGAGGGACUGUCACUUCUGAGCAAGGAAACUUGGAAGGUAUGCAUCGCACAGGAACCAGUUAGCACACUUAUUGUCGCGGGUGUCUCGUUGGAAUAAGCGUAACCCAGGACCGGACUUCCAAACCACAGCCUGCCUCAUCACCCGAGGGCACAUGAGAGUGUGCCAGAGCCCUGACACCUCCUCUCUCAGCCCCCCCUCAGGCCGCUCGCUCAGCGCCACCCCUCCUCUCCUUUCUGCCCCCUUACAUCCUUCCAUGAUUGGAUCUGCGAUGACCUCUUCAGUCAAUUCUCCCCUGGGGAGCAUCGGCUCUCCCUUUCCGGUCAUAAACUGUUCCGUGGGGUCACCUGGCAUUCCGGGCACCCCGUCUGUUGGGUACGGACCGGUCAGCAGCCCGCAGAUAAAUUCCACGGUUAAUCUCUCCGGUCUGCAUAACGUCAGCUCCUCUGAAGACGUGAAGCCCCCUCUGGGUAUGAGGGGGAUGCCAAAUCAUCCCAAUGGUGGAGCAGGUGGUGGAAAGAAGCUGUGUGCUAUAUGUGGCGACCGCUCUUCAGGGAAGCACUAUGGAGUUUACAGCUGUGAGGGAUGCAAGGGAUUCUUCAAGCGUACGAUCCGCAAGGACUUGACCUAUACCUGCAGAGACAACAAGGACUGUGUGGUGGAUAAAAGGCAGAGGAAUCGCUGUCAGUACUGCAGAUACCAGAAGUGUCUGGCCACCGGCAUGAAGCGAGAAGCUGUGCAGGAAGAGCGCCAGCGUGGGCGGGAACGUGACGGAGAGGCGGAGUUAUGCGGCACUGUCAAUGAAGAUAUGCCCGUUGAGAAAAUUCUGGAGGCGGAGCUAGCCGUUGAACAGAAGAGUGACCAGAGCCUGGAGGGGGGUGGAUCUCCCAGUGAUCCAGUCACCAAUAUCUGCCAAGCAGCGGAUAAACAGCUCUUCACGCUGGUCGAAUGGGCCAAGCGGAUCCCUCACUUCUCAGAACUGCUUCUGGAUGAUCAGGUUAUUCUGCUGAGAGCUGGCUGGAACGAGCUUCUCAUAGCCUCCUUUUCGCACCGCUCCAUCUCGGUGAAAGACGGCAUUUUACUCGCCACCGGUCUGCACGUUCACCGCAACAGUGCGCACAGUGCCGGCGUGGGGGCCAUAUUCGACAGGGUCCUCACUGAACUUGUGUCUAAGAUGAGAGACAUGCGCAUGGAUAAAACUGAACUGGGCUGUCUGCGAGCCAUCAUUUUGUUCAAUCCAGAUGCCAAGGGUUUGUCUAAUCCCGGGGACGUGGAGGUUCUACGAGAGAAGGUUUAUGCGUCGUUGGAAUCUUACUGCAAGCAGAAGUACCCGGACCAGCAGGGAAGGUUUGCGAAGCUGCUACUCCGUCUCCCUGCCUUGCGGUCCAUUGGCCUCAAAUGCCUCGAGCACCUCUUCUUCUUCAAACUCAUCGGGGACACUCCAAUCGACACUUUUUUGAUGGAGAUGUUGGAGGCACCUCACCAGCUGUCCUGAGAGGCUGCCCGAAUCGGCUAGAGACUACAGCGCCACCCCAAGGACAGGUCCUGUUAUGCACUCCGAUAGAUGGCUUCCUAAGGGGUGGAUAGAACGAACACGGCAGAUGUCUAGAGAAGAAUCCUCUAGGCCUUUUUACCGAGGCAUUUCUUUGUAAACCCUCUUAUUAAGCUUCCUGAUUCACCCUUGGGUGUCCCAGCGCAGUCAGAAACUGUUUACAUGGCUGCGAUGGCCUCCUACAGAUCAAGGCAUGGCUUCCGUUUCCAAAAUCUGACAAGGACGCGAGAUCUUGUUUUUGCUUUGAGAGACACUCCUAUGCAAUAGCCAUGAAUGUGGUCCCUGGGCAUCGGCCCCGCUUGAAGGAGACUGUUGAGAUCACUGGACGGAUCAGAAGACGGAGGCACGAGCAUCUAUCUGUGCGCUCACACCUUUUUCCAUUCCCAGCUGUUUUUGUGCCUGCCUGGAAGAGACGGAUCAUUUUGGGGAAACCAACACUCUUCUGAGAGCGCCGGACUUUAUGAAGGAGAGCGACUUACCUAUUGACUUGUCUAGCAGGCGAGACAGCUGGCCGUGACCCGGGCUCGUUAUAUACUGCUGCAGAAGCGCAUGCUGAACCGUGGGAUGUGUUUGGGCCGCUGGUGGGUUGGUGUCUGGAUUUGAAAUGCUUUUUAAUGAGUCCUAUUUAAUCAGUGGACGUUAUUAAUGGGGUGAUUCCUCCUCCCUGAUUUUGUGGUGCCCUAUUUAAUUACUGCACUUGUUAGCUUAAGAAAGGUUAUCGGGUUCACUCUAGCAGGAAGGGGAGAACCAUGGGUUAAUUAUUUUCUUUUUUUGGUCCAAUACUGGGGUUUUUAGGACUGCUCUGCAUCUUAGGGUGCCUUGAAGAGAAGCGAGGGGGUUUCUGUACCCUUAAGCUUUUUCUUCUCUACGCGGGACAUGGAUUUGGAUAUCGGUCUGUUCUUAUUUUAUAUUUUUGCCCUCUUUUAAUCAUUGUCCCUGUUUUCUCGGAAGAGUUUAAACAUAUAUUGCACAGGAUUAUUCAGCAUCCCCGUAUGGAACUGCAUCCCGCUUAUUGUUUUUCGCGUCCACGUUUGGCAAUCGUUUGGAAGAUUUUGGGGGUUUUACAUGCGCAGAAUGCGAUUUGAGAGGUUGUCUGGGUUUUUGCAGGCUGGUUAGUCUUUUGUGAGUCGUCUUGAGGUUUUGGGGUGUUUUUUGAUAAAACAUUUUACGAUGUUUCUGCUGCUAGAGUUCUUUAAGACUUCGAUCUAAAUCAUUGUCCCCUUCUCUAUCUGUCUAUAAUUAUCCAUGUCCUUUUUUUAAUGUUUUGUACCGACGUCUCUCCUUCCCUCAACUCCUGUAUGCAAUGUUUUAAUACCAAACUGCGCCCGUCCCCUUAUGAAUCCAAACCCCUUAUGCCUGCUCCAUCGCCAGGCUCCCCGCACCUGCCCACAUUAACCCUCUGUGGGAUGCAGCACCUUGAGAGGGAUUCUGAAGUCCUCUGACCCCCGGGCCCCCCUGCGGACCUGUCCCUUCUCUGCGUUCCUUCAUUAUUCCUGUUGCUUGGAAUGAACAUUAAAGAGAACUUAGCUCAA